AACUGCAAUGUUUUACAUAUCUCAUCGCUUUAAUAUUUGUUUAUAUUGUGCGUCCUGUUGUUUUUGUUGCACUGAAAGUUAAUCCUGUUAAUUCAUAUUUUAUUUAUAAAAACAUUAAAAUAAUGUGCAUAAAAUGCAUCAUAAAAAAUGGCUCUCUAAAAAUAUAUCUCAUGAACAAUGUAUUUGAUAUUUAUCGACAUUUUGGAUAGGCCUAGGAAACUGUUCAAUAUUUACAAACUAUUGGAACAUUAUAUAUUAUUUUAACUGCCCUGUUUUAUUUAAGAUAGAAAUAAAUAUAUCUUGUAUUAAUUGAACUAUUAUUAUAAAUGAUGGAUUCCUGUUACUCUUAUAAAAGUAAAAACGAUUCUUCUGUUCCCCCUCCACCUGGUGUUGACGACGAUUUUCCAAAACGUGAAUCAAAAUAUGACAGCCGUCCUCGGUAUUCUUCUCGGAAUGAUGUCGAUUAUCGAGAAUUAACUCGUCAUGAGAGAAGUCGAGAAUCUAGACACGAAAGAGAUCGAGAUGAUUAUUCUCGGUCAUCUUACAGCGAGGAUCGUCGCAACUAUGAAGGUUAUCGAGACUCAAAAGAAUCAGAUGAAUCUCAUCGUGGAAGAAGCAGGGAUUCCGAUAGUCGUUAUGAAAGGCGUUACAGAGAUCGAAGUCGAGAUCGUGAUAGAAGUAGAGAUAGAGACAGAAGUCGAGAUCGUGACAGAAGUCGGGAUCGAGAGAAAAGCCGCGACAGAGAUCGCGCGAAAGACCGAUCUCGUGACAGAUAUCGAGAUAGAGAUAAAGCAGAUCGUGAACCUGAGUUUCGGGAUGAUAUUCCUAACAAUACAAUAUUAAUUUUAGGAAUUCCUCCUAAUAUUACUGAAGAAGAUAUUAAAAAUGAGGCAGUGCGAAAUACUCUAUAUCCUCAAGAAAUAGUUCUACCUAGAAAAAAGCAUACUGGCGAAUCCAAAGGCUAUGCGUUUGUUGAAUUUAGAAUGUUAUCUGAUGCCGUGAGGUGGAAAGAACUUACUCAGGGGAUUUUAUACUUUGGUCCAUCGCCAGCUACAUUACAUUAUCAUCUUCAAAAAGAUUCAUCAAGCGAAAGAAGUUCUUCUAAUAGGGUUGAUUGGACAUGUAUCAAAUGUGGUGUCAACAACUUUCGUAAGCGAGAUCUGUGUUUUAAGUGCAAUGCUCCAAGAGAAGAAGCAGAGUUGAACAAUCUUGGCGGAGAAGGUGUUGAAGAAAUUGGCAAUACCCCAUCCAAUACAUUACUUUUUCGAAAUUUAGAUAUCCUAACAACUGAAGAACGUGUUCUGUCUAUGCUUGGCCAAAUCACAGUUCUUCCCAUAAAGAAUUUAAAAGUUGCUAAAGAUACUCUUACUCAUACUUCAAGAGGUUUUGCAUACGUUGAACUUCAUUCAAUUUCUGAAGCAAUGCAGUUAUACGACUUGUUGUUAUCGAUGACUGGAAAUUUUUUCGUUGAUGGACGAAGAGUAACAGUUUCAUACUCCAAGAGACCACUUAGUGUUAUGAAUACUGAGGCUAGUGCAAAUGCUGCUAGUGUAGCUUUGGCUGCUGCACAGUGGACCAAUCAAAAUUCAAGUUACAAUGCUUCAAGCAAAAAUAUGUUUUCUGAUUCAGUGUUAAAGGAAAAACAGAUGGAAUCUGUUAAAAGUUUGAAUUCUGGCUCGGCGGGUGGGUUUCAAAACACACCCGAUAUAUCGACUUAUCAGUACGAUGAAACUUCAGGAUAUUAUUAUGACUCUGUUACUAAAUAUUAUUAUGAUCCUAAUUCCCAAUAUUAUUACAAUUCAGAAACAAGACAAUAUUUAUAUUGGGACAUUGAAAAACAGACCUACAUGUCUGUACCAUCGACGGAAAAUUAUACUACAUCUGCCCCUGCUGUUAUUGAAGCAUCUGCAGUCAAAGUUGAAAAAACUUCUGACGCAGUUAUAACUAGUCCACCUGUUAUAGCUCAUGCUCCAGUAUUGACUGCCAAAAAAAGUACUACAGAUAAACCGAAGAUUAAAAUAAAUCCUCAGGAUAAAGUGAAAAUAGCCAAAAAAGUAGCUAAAGAUAUGGAAAAAUGGGCUAAAACAUUGAACCAAAAGAAAGAAAAUUCUAAACUUCUAAAUGCUACAUCAUCAGUACAAAAACCAGUUGAAAUGCCAUCAAGAUUAUUUGACCCAACGUUUGUUUCAGAAAAGAAAAAAAUAGAGAUUGAGAGCGAGGACUUUGUCCUCGUGAAAGAUGCACUCAAUGGGAACUUUGCUUGUUCUAGUGAAAGUAAGGAGAAGACCUUGACAGCAUUAGUUGCUGCUUACGGUGAAGAAAGUGAUUCAGAAGUUGAAGGAGAUCUGCAAGAUGAAGGAACUAAAGCACAAGAAUUAAUGAAAUUCGAAGAAGCUAAGCUAAUUGAUUGGGAAAAACUAGCUUGUCUCUUGUGUAAAAGACAAUUUCCAUCGAAGGAAGUCCUCACCAAACAUGUUCAGUUAUCUGACCUGCACAAACAAAAUGUAGACAUGUUAAAACUAACUAAAUUAACUCCAAAACAGUUACAGGAACUCGAGAAAAAAGAAACUGGUUAUCGAGAUCGAGCAAAGGAAAGGAGGCAAAAAUUCGGGCAGCCCGAUAUGCCACCACCUAGCCGUUUGAAAGCUAGAUAUUUAAAGGAACGGAAAGAAGCAUUUCAGCCAGUAGAACAACCUGUUGAAGCUAUUGGAAGUGACAAUAUAGGUAAUAAAAUGUUAAAGGCAAUGGGGUGGAGUGAAGGACAAGGUUUGGGAAAAUCUGGUCAGGGUAUGUCUGGUAUAAUAGAAGUGCAACGGAGAGUUAAAUCUGCUGGUUUAGGUAUGAAAGGUGCUGCAUAUGGCGCAACUGCCAGUGACUCAUAUAAAGAUGCCGUAAGAAAAUCAAUGCAACAAAGGUAUAAUGAAAUAGCAUGAUGAACAAUUUUUGUAUACAAGUGUACAUAGAAACUUAGAAGUAUCUGUGAAUGUAAAAUAGAAUAUAAUACUGUUUGUAUCAAUUAUACAUACUAUUAGAAGUAAUUUAAAAACUAAUGGAGUAUUUUAUGUAUUUCACAUAUUGUGUUAUGAAUGUUGGUCAGGUUUUUUAAUGAAAAAUCAUGUAUUAAAACUUUUGCACUAUA